UGACCUUUUAUAGCAUACACCCUGUACAUGGCAAGCAAUUGAGAAUUGUCAAACAACAAUGUCAUUAGGAAGAUCAGGAAACGUACACGCCAUGCCGUCUGGGUGUGAAACGACAAGCAUCGGAUCCCCUGUUGUCCGAAGCCCGGUCAGUGCGUUCUGAGUCCCCUCUCUUCGCAGACUAAUGGAGCUGUUCUUCCUUCUUUUCCUGAUGUCGCUGAGAAUAGUGACGUUCAAUUGUAGGGGGUUUAGCGGUAACCCCAAGCAGUUUUCGGCGUUGCAAUGGGCAAAAAGUUUUCGCGCUGACGUUCUUCUUCUGCAGGAGACCCGCCUGUUGUCGGCUCACGCAGUCAGGCUGUUAGAGGCGGAUCAUACUGUCAGGGUUUUCUUUAGUCACGGGUCACCGCAUCAGGCAGGAGUAGCAAUUAUAUUGUUCCCCUCUUUCGUUGGUAACGUCCGGUGGUACGACCGUGACAGUGACGGCCGGGUGGUCAUGGUGGAGGCGGACAUGACGGGGUGUUUGGUGCCGCUUAUUAAUCUGUACGCCCCCGCACGGCGCGUAGAACGUGCGCAAUUUUUUCGCAGCCUUGACUGCUUUUUCCUAGGUAACCGCAAUAUUGUGCUUGCGGGUGACUUUAACUGUUGUAUUGACGGUUCCGGCAGUAGACAUCGGCCAGUAAACCUCGAGUUAGCCCGUCUAGUUGAUGAUCUCGGGCUGGUCGACCGUUCAGCUAUCUGCAUUAUGGGCAAUACCAACACACAUGGUGCAAUACUAGCGGUGCACACAGCCGCAUAGACCGUUUCUAUGGUUCUCCUGGGCUGAUGUCGCAUAUGAGGGAAUGUUUUGUUUGUCCGUCCGGGUACUUGUCGGACCAUGACGGAGUCCUCCUUCUCCUUGGUGGGUUUCGGCACCUCCGUGGUGGUUCGGGUUGUUGGAGGCUGGACGUCUCUCUGUUUAGUGACGCUGAAAUUCGUGGCAGUGUGAGUAGUUGGCUUAAGGCUCGGUGUGCUAUGGCUUCCUUCACGCAAGAGUGGUGGGAGGAGACUAACAUUGGAGCCGCGAGGCUUUUUCGACAGUGGCGGGCUCGGCGGGCGCGGGAGAGCCGAGAGAAAAUGCAACACCUUCGGCAAGUGCUGUCAAUUUUGCGUCAUCCGGGGUCGAGGGGCCCUGGCAACGACGAUGCUAUCCAGGGGCGCGUUACCGAACACUGCGCGAGCUUGCGAGCUCGCGACGCUCCGCCUUCCGCGUCGUCUUCGCCAUAGCAACAGGGCGUUCACGUGACGCUCACGUGGUACUCUUCGCGGGUGGCCAAAAAAAAACCCGUUUUUCGAGAACGGCGCAGCUACUGCGCGUGGCAGAGGGUAAUCGCCCGCGCAGAGAAGGAAGAACAACGCAAAACUCCUCGACGUUCGCGUUGCAAAUGGCGGACCCGGUGGACUUGUAUCUGCUUUUCCUCGAAGAAGGUGUUGCUGAGGAAGAACCGGUACGCAGCUUCCGCAGUCAUCGAGAUGCUUUCGAAGCGUUAUCGGAAGACGAGUUCAUUGCUACCUUCCGAUUGUCGAAGGAAGCUGCCAGGGAGGUGUGCGAAGCUGUUAGGCCGGACUUGCAGCGCACCCGAGAAUCCCGUCGGACAACUCUGAGCGUAGAGCGGAGAGUCCUCACAGCCCUUCGUUUCUACGCUACUGGAGCUUUCCUUGGAAACAUUGGAAAUGAGGAAACGAUCGCCUGCAGCAAGCGUGCAGUGUCACAGGCUGUCCAUGAAGUUAGCGAAGCCAUCUUAAAGUACCUUGCGCCCAAGUACCUGAGGUUCCCCACAACUCCUGAGGCGAAGCUAGAAGUGAAACGUGGCUUUCAUGAGCUGGCAGGCUUCCCAGGCUGUGUCGGGGCUAUCGACGGUACGCAGGUAGCAAUUUUGCAGCCAAGCAUUUUCGACCCGAGGUUUGUGGAUGGCAAUUACUAUUGCCAUAAAGGCUACCAUUCCAUCAACGUCUUAAUGGUUUGCGAUGCCUCCAUGCGAAUACUCUUCCUGAAUGCCAGGUUCCCUGGUUCAUGCCAUGACGCAGCUGUAUGGGCUGCCUGCAACCUCCGUCAAGCCACCUCAACCGUAUUUGAAGAAGGAGAGUGGCUAGUUGGUGACAGUGGCUACCCCCUCCAACCUUGGCUGAUGACACCAGUUCGUACACCAACGACACCGGAAGAAAAAGAUUACAACGAUGCACACAGCAGGACCCGCGUGUGCAUUGAACAAUGUUUUGGGCUGUGGAAAAUGCGGUUCCGAUGCCUCCAAAGGUACCGUACGCUGCACUUUGCUCCUGAUCGAAGCUGCAGAAUUAUCAACGCCUGUGCUGUGCUUCACAAUAUGUGCUUGGCGUACAACACCCGUGAACCUCUUGAUAAUACAGAUGAAGGUGAUGCGCCCAGUGGGGAAGGGGCAGAAGCUGGUGCAGUAGGGGAGACACAGGAGGAUGGAGCACAGGAAGAGGAGGACCAUGACUCUCAGCCUAUGAGAAAUCGUGCAGCACAACUUAGAAGCCAGCUCAUUACGCAUGGUUUUAGGCGAAGAAGAUAACCUACCUCAUUGACUGUCAUUUCGUCUGUCUCUCUCCAGGUGAUAAGCGAAAUAUUCGCUCAUAGGAGUGAGCAGCUGCAAGUGAUAAGCAAGCUGCGAUAUGUGCAGAGACGGGAUAUUUUGUCAUUCACGAAAAACAACUGAGGCAGAGCUGUGCUUGAGAUAUUUUAAAAUGUAAUUAUCUAGCCAAGUCAACCCCUAUUUAUCCAGACUUCACAGAUGUGGAUCCAGCACCACACUGACAAACAGCAUGGUGAUAGAUUCUAGUCCAUUCAAUGUUCCUUCAUUCAUCCGGGCCUGAGUUUCUGGAUCAGACUAACGAUUUUCUGAAAAUGCUUAGGAGAUUGCCCAACAGCUGCCUUCACAUAUCCGGAUUGGAGGGCUCAGUACAAAGUGUGCUACAUUUGUGUGCGGUAUUGAGUGAGAGACAGUGUGCGACCUAUAUUUCAUCAAGGCAGUGUGACAACCUUGAAGAAUUUCCCCUCGGACCUGUGUAACAUGCAUUGACCAAGUCAUUUGAAGCACUGAAGAAUGGUGACUGUAAAACUUUCAACAACACCUUCAGCCAUGCACAUCACUUUGUCAGUUAAUGUGUACAGUAAUUUUAUGCAAGUGUGCAUUGUACCGUUGUUGUACUGUAGUGUACUGUUUCAUACCUUCUGAAAUCAACAUCUUCUUUACUAUCAUCUAGUGACUGAUCCCCUCUUGAGUUCUAUUCAUCAGGAUACUUCACUUUCGAUGCAAUUUUUGUUGUAAAUUACAAGAUGAAGAUAAAAAAGGGUUGACUGUAAAGAGGGCAGUCAAAGACUACCGUACCUGUUUUUUUCAUUACAUUUUCUUAGUCCUCUGCACAGCUGUCGUCAUGAACUCAAGUGAGAAAUACAGUGUGCACAAUCAGUACUACCACUGCUCAACUGAUCAAGUCAGCUGACAUGCUACUUUAAUGUGCUAUGACUACUAUUAUUCACAAUCAUUCAAUCCUGUUUCUCUUACUGACAACAUUGUCCCAUAUCGGCCUUUGUAUACAACGGUUCAACUCUACCUGACAAAUUGUGGUCAAACAGUUGACCGUCUUUUUCUGCUCUUCCAGGAGAGCCUUCUGCUCGCUGAGCAACUCUUGCUGGCGCUGCAUGAGUUGCCCAGCAAUAGAGGGAGGAACUCUUCUCCUCCGUCGUCGGCAUGCACCACCUGUGCCCUGGCGCCUGCUGUCAGACGGAGGAGGUGCUUGGUCCUGUAAACCAAGGAAUCAGAUGUUUUUAGAAUAGUGGCUGGACAGUUUUCACCAUAUUGACAUUACCGUCUCGGUUGGCUCAGCACCAGCAGGACCGGCCGAGGUCGACGGUACAGGCUCUUCCACGUCCUGAAAAAAAAAAUAUGUACAACACAUCACUCUUUUUGAAGGAAGGAGGACUCUAUAUAAAAAGGAUGGAAUGUGAAGUGUUCUCCAUUUGGGUGUGCUGUUUCAUAAUUGCUUCAAAAUCGUGUUAUUCUAAGAUUACUGUACAUGUCUUACAGCAGAGACAGGAAGUCUCACUUCCAUGGCUCCGGUUUCCACAGAUGGCUCCACUCCUCUGGGAAAUCCUGAGGAGGAGUCCCAUCCAACAAGGGCCAUCACCCUCUGGUCGAGUCCAGACAGGUGGGCAGCGAUGUCCACAGGAGUGGCCCCCUGACUGGUCACCACGUACCCACUGCCUCCACCCGUGGCCUGCAUUUUCCGCGUCAUCUCCCGUGCGCGGCUGCGCACACGGUACCUCCAGUCUUUCCAGAGCUGCUGCCACCCCUUAGCAUCUUUAUUAAAUGCCCCAACAGCAUUAAGGGUGGCAGCAAUCCGGUCCCAUUUGGCACGGC